GCGGUGACAUAACGAAGCUCCGCUAACCCUCCAGCGCGGGACUCUCUCCACAGCGGGUGAUCGCCGCUCUCUAACGGCCUGCACACUUCGCUGCUUUCUACAGGAACCGAGGAGCCCAGCCUCUCAUCAUUAACUAUCUAUUUAGCAAUAUACGGGAAUCUCGUCAGAAUGGCGAUGUGCUUGUUAAAACGCUUGCGGCGACCCGGGCGCUAGAUAAGCCCUCACUCCUCUUCCUCGAACUUUGUUUAUCGCUGUGGGUCUCUUAGUAAUCGAGUUCGAAGUUAAAUAGCCACCAGGAGUGGACGACCGGACGUGCUGUGAGGUGCCGGUGUUGCUACAGGGUGUUGACUGAAAAGUUAUGGAAAAUGAAGACCCCGAGUCUCCGGAGCAGAGCCUUAGCCACGCGGACAGUGCACGAGGAAACCCACUACCCAAAAAGACACAUCUGACUCAGAUUGAGGUGAUCCCCUGUAAGAUCUGUGGAGACAAAUCAUCAGGCGUUCACUAUGGGGUCAUCACCUGUGAGGGCUGCAAGGGGUUUUUCCGGAGAAGUCAGUCUUCCAGUGUGCAGUAUUCUUGCUCUAGACAGAGUAACUGCCCCAUUGACCGUGCCAGCAGGAACCGCUGCCAGAGCUGCCGCCUCAAGAAAUGUGUUGCCCAAGGAAUGAGUCGGGACGCUGUGAAGUUUGGCCGCAUGUCCAAGCGUCAGAGAGACACUCUGUUUGCGGAGGUGGAGAGGCACCGGCAGCAGCAGCGUCUCCAGGCCAGCCAAGUGGAGCCCCAGCCUCUGCCAGCGUACCGGCCCAGCAAAGAGCCCAGGGGCCGCUCACCCCAUCUAAUUCAACCACUAGCCCCAACUUACUCUUACACCCUAGACCAGGAGCUCCCCAACUGCCCACCAGAAGCACAUCCCUACUUAGGCUGUGCCACAGGUGAGGCCCAGGCUACAGCUCUGGCCUACAGGAAUUCUCAGAGAGGUGGAGACAGCAGCAGCUUUUCACCGUCAGGAAGAGGCUUUGAGUCCAGAAGAUCCACUCCCGAGACCAUCCUGAGUAUGCCUGGGUGUGAAAUAGGAUUACGACCUUUUGACCUCGAAGGCUCAUUCUGCCCCUACCCUACCUCAAUGCACAUAGAGGAGCUGUGUGCAAGUAUAGUACGCUCCUACAGGGAGACAAGUCAGUAUCGAGUGGAGGAGAUACAUGCUCUCAGAUGGAAGAUUUUCAGCAGGGAGGAGAUCCAUGCUUACCAGAGCAAGUCUGUAGAUGAGAUGUGGCAGCACUGUGCAGUGAGACUAACAGAUGCUGUGCAGUACGUGGUGGAGUUUGCAAAGCGCAUCCCAGGGUUCCGUCAGCUUGGUCAGAAUGAUCAAAUUGCUCUGCUCAAGAGUGGUUCAAUGGAAGUGGUUCUGGUCCGCAUGAGUCGAAUGUUCAACACUGAAAACAGCACAGUCUUCUUUGAUGGAAAGUUUGCUGGAACUGAGCUUUUCAAGUCUCUUGCAUGUGGUGAUUUUAUCGCAGCCGUGUUUGACUUUGCUCACAGUCUCUGUGCUCUGAGGCUUACUGAGCAGCAGGUGGCGCUGUUCAGUGCGCUGGUGCUCAUAAAUGCAGAUCGUCCAUGUCUGGAGGAAAGAGACAGAGUGUUGAGAGUGAGAAAAGACGUGGAACUGGCCCUCAGUCACAUCCUACACAGAGACAACCUGGACAGUCUACUGAACAAGUUAUAUCAGAAGGUGUCCAUGCUGAAGAGCCUGUGUGCACUGCAUAUUGAAAAGCUGCGCUGGUUCCGGCAGCUCUACCCUCUCACAGUGCACUCCCUAUUCCCUCCUCUCUACAAGGAGCUGUUCGGCUCAGACACCGAUAUACAAGCAAUGGCUACUCUCUAACAUAAAUAGACACACACACACACACACACAAUACAUUUACUAAUAGAUUAUGUAAUCAGUAUGUCUUAAAUUUACUAUUUACCUUAUGAAUGAGAUGAAUAUAUUUUUGUAAUUCUGACAGGAACAGAAGAUAAUGUCAAUAGAAAUAUAAGUAUAUCUUAGUCUGUAUUUUUUGCAGAUGCUAUUUUGUAGUGCAAAGCAGAAAUAUUGCUACAAAUAUUAAGCUACUCAGCUGUGAUAGUAGUUUUGAUAGGGUACACCUUUGAGCUGAAUUUAAGUUGUGUUUCAUAGGUUGUUCACAACUGAUAAUAUUUCUGUAUGUAAAUGUGAUCAGAAGUUUUUUAUCGUGCUAACAUUCUUAAACAAAGGCUCUGUAAGCCUUAAGCAGUAAGCCGCUUUUAGUAUCAGUGAAUCUUUCCAGAGAGUGGACAGUUGCAUUGAAAAUGAAUUACUUGAAUUCAACACCACAGCAGGUUACAGACUGGGGGGUGGAAAAUACUUUGUUACUAUACCUAAGUAUUAUUUUAGAAGAUUUGUAUUUAUUUGUAAUUGAGCAAUAUCAAAAUUGAAUUCUUGCACUUUUACUCAAUUAAAUUUUCAACAGAAAAAACAUACUUUUUCCUCCUUACAUUUUCAUUUUGACUUUCAGCAUACAAAGCUAUUAGAUCAGCUGAGUUUCUGUAUGUUUAAAUUUACAGCUUUCACUAAAACAUCCAGGUAAAGUCCUGUCAGUGUACUAUAAAACAGCCCACAAAUAUGUCCCACCAAAGAUGUUUAAAUAUUUGUUUAAACAUAUACUUGAGUAUGUUUAAAUGGUGACGCUUGAGUAAGUGCUCUUACCUUCACUUGAGUAUAAUUUCUCUGUACAUUUUCCACCCCUGGUUGCUGAGUUUUUGCACAAUUAUAAUAGUAUCAGAUCUCCUCUGACACAUUGUUGCUUCUGUUAAUCCUACGUAGGUAGAAUGUGAAGUGAGGGCAAUCUAUCCUUAUUAAAUAACCAUAGCACUGAAGAUUAUCCACUGAUUACAUUGGCACCAAACAUAUUUUCUGUGCAAGUGGAACCAAUGUUCUAUAUUAGUACAUUAUACGUUUAUUUCAGUUUGAUCUUCUUUUUCUCAUGCUAUGUAAAAUUGUGGAGCUACUAUUGGAGGCCAUUAUGUUUUAAGUCAUUUAAAUGUGAAUUUCAAUUAUGGAUACCUGCACAAUCUGCAUUAAUUAAAAUAUGUUUGACCACAAACAGUUUGACAUAGUUCACAAUUUCAUAUUUCAUUUCUAAGGCUGGGUCCGGUAUCUGUAAUCCUUCCCCUAAUUUGAAUACAACCUGUGCUCCAAGGGACAACUGUUUUUUUCUCCACUAAUGUCUUUUGACACAAAACUGUAUCCAAAAGGUUCCAGACACCCCUUCUAAUUAGUCAAUUCUGCUAAGGGUGGGCAAUAUGACAAUACUUUGAGCAUGACACAUUAUUCAUGAUAAGAAUUAUUAUUAUUAUUAUUAUAGUAUUUAUAUAAUAUAGUAUUAUAUAAAUGAGGCUCUACAGGUUCUGCUUUGUCUGUUUCAACUAGUUACAUUUUAGAAAAACUAAAUAUAGUGAUGUGAUUUAAUAUUUUUGCCAUAUUGCCCACAUGUAAAUUCAGCUUCUUUAAGGUGCACCCAUUGCUGUUAAAUUGUGUACACAGAGCUUGUAUAACCUCCAUAGAAAAUAAUUGCCAGUAGAAUGGGACACUCCGGAGCAGCUGUGUCUAAUGUCAUCAUGCCCAAUUCCAAGUGUUGGCUAGAGCGGGCAUAAAGCCUGGGCUGUGGAGCACUGGAACAAUGUUCUCUGAAGUGAUGGAGCACAUCUUUUGGGAUGAGUUGGAUUGAUGUUUGUGAUUCAGAACUAGUCAUCCAGCAUCAUUACCUGGACCUCACUCAUGCUCUUGUGGCUGAAUGCAAUCAAAUCUUCAUAGCAAUAUUCCAUCUAGCCUUUCCAGAAAAGUAGAGACUGUUACUUCAGCAAAGGUGGGACGAACUCCCUUCUAAUACCCUUGAUUUCAGGAGAAACAGUGGAAAAGCAGGAGUCUACAAACUUUUGAAUGUAAACGUCAACAGUUUCCCCACACUUAUUGUUUUGGCUUCAGUUUUGUUGCAGCGCAGUUUAAUCAUUAGGGUACUGAAUAAUUUCAUACCUGGCUAUGUUAACAAUCAGUUUCACAGUUCUGAAUAAAGUCAUUGGGCGUAUGUUAUGAUCUUACUGGUCACAUGUCCUGUGUUUAAACACAGGUUUAAAAAGACUGUGUAGUUAAAUGCUAGCACUGAUCAGUAUGAUGUAUUAUGAGAUAAUACAACCUGUGGUAGCUUUGCCAACAUUAGCAUUUAUGAAUGUUUAUGUAUCGUUUGUAAGAGUCUGAUAUUUAUCUUAUGAGUCUUUCAUGAAGUUCUGCGCUUUUGCCAUUUAACUUAAGUAUUGCUGUGGAUUCUUUUGCUGUGAUUUCCUGGCUGUUGUUUGAUGACAUUUUUGUUUGUAACUUUGAUGCUGGAACAUUUAUGCAUUUUUUUAAACUUUUAAUUCCCCCUCAAUAAUAGCAAUGUGCUAUAAUGAGGAAAAGGCAUCAAAUAAAUAUGUGAAAAAGUAAA